AGUAAAUACAGUCCAAAGAGGGGCAUUUUUGAAGAAAUACAGUCAUUGGGGGUGAUAUAAGAUUCACAAUGGAGGUUCCCCCAGCCACUAAGUUUGGUGAGACCUUUGUGUUUGAGGACAGGUUAGAGACGCAGCAAGAACUUUUUCCUGGAAUGGACCUGGGGGACCCUUUUCUUCCAGAAAGAGGUUUGGAGCAAAUGGCUGUUAUCUACAAAGAGAUCCCUCUUGGGGAGCAAGAUGAGGACCGUGACGAUUACGAGGGGAAUUUCCGUCUGUGCUCAAGCCCUGUUCAGCAUCAAAGUAUCCCCCCAGGAACCAGGUCCCAGGACCAUGAGCUGUUUAGCCAAACCUUCCUCCAGAAAUCCGACCUCGGUGUGUGUCAGAUAAUCCAUAGUGGAGGAGAGUCCAGUCCACGCAAUUGCGAGGAAGCAGAUGGGGGCGACUCGGGACCGACCGCCCCUCGCAGCUCUCCGCAGCCAGCCAAGCCCUACGCGUGUAGUGAGUGCGGGAAGGCGUUCAGCCAGAGCUCGCACCUGCUGCGACACCUGGUGAUUCACACCGGGGAGAAGCCGUACGAGUGCUGCGAGUGCGGGAAGGCCUUCAGCCAGAGCUCCCACCUGCUCCGACAUCAGGUCAUCCAUACGGGCGAGAAGCCGUACGAGUGCCGGGAGUGCGGGAAGGCCUUCCGCCAGAGCUCCGCCCUCGCGCAGCACCAGAAGAUCCACACCGGGAAGAGGCCCUACGAGUGCCGGGAGUGCGGGAAGGACUUCAGCCGCAGCUCCAGUCUCCGAAAGCACGAGAGGAUUCAUACAGGAGAGAGACCUUAUCAGUGCAAGGAAUGUGGGAAGUCCUUCAACCAGAGUUCAGGCCUGAGCCAGCAUCGGAAAAUCCACACACUGAAGAAGCCUCACGAGUGCGAGCUCUGCGGGAAGGCCUUUUGUCACCGGUCGCACCUCAUCCGGCACCAGCGCAUCCACACGGGCAAGAAACCGUACAAGUGCGAUGAGUGCGGGAAGGCCUUCAGCCAGAGCUCCAACCUCAUCGAGCACCGGAAGACCCACACGGGCGAGAAGCCCUAUAAGUGCCACAAGUGCGGCAAGGCCUUCAGCCAGAGCUCGUCGCUCAUCGAACACCAGCGCAUCCACACCGGGGAGAAGCCGUUCGAGUGCUGCCAGUGCGGCAAGGCCUUCUGCCACAGCUCGGCCCUCAUCCAGCACCAGCGCAUCCACACGGGCCGGAAGCCCUACGCCUGCGAGUGCGGCAAGGCCUUCCGCCACCGCUCGGCGCUCAUUGAGCACUACAAGACCCACACCCGGGAGAAGCCCUACGUGUGUAACCUGUGCGGGAGGGCCUUCCGGGGCAGCUCGCACCUGAUUCGGCACCAGAAGAUCCACGCUGGGAGCAAACUGUAGAGCGAGGGCCUCGCACCAAAGCGUGAAAGACUGCCCCACGGAGCUUCUUUGCUAAGACCCUGGCUACCUCCCAGAUAACGAUGCCAAGUGGAAUCCCUUUGGCGUGAGCGCUCCCGAGGGCCCCCACUAGCGGGGAGGGCCCCCAGGUAGCCCCCUGCCAAGCCUCCCGCUCUCCGUCGGUAACUGCGGGAACUGCGUGCCGUGGAGG